ACUCGGCCAGUCUCCAUCAAACCUCAACCCACGCACUCAUCCUCCACCGAAGAGAAGGUGAAGGGCAACGUCGAACGCUCCCUUUCUCCUCUCGUGAUCCUCCAACCGCACUCCUUCAAUGAGAACAACUACAACAGCGGCACCACCCACCCACCUUUCUGUUCUCAUGAGUACUCGUCACCUCCUCCUCCGCUGCCAUGCCAUCUCCACCCCACAACGGCGGCGGUGACGCCCAUCCUCCCCAACGCCGCCGCCACAUCAACUUGCUCAUCUUGCUCCUCCGCCUCGUCACCUUCGGCUUCUCCCUGGCCGCGGCCAUCUCCAUCGUCACCAAUUCCUCCCCCUCCUGGCUCCGCUUCCAAUCCUUCCGGUUCGUCUUCGCCGCGAACGUGAUCGUGGCCGCCUACUCCCUCUUCGAGAUGUGCGCCUCCGUCCACGAGAUCCUCAAGGGCGCCACCAUCUUCCCGGAGCCCAUGCAACUCUGCUUCGACUUCACCCACGACCAGGUGUUCGCGUACAUGGUGGUGGCGGCCGGCGCAGCAGGGGCUGCGGACGCGCGGCGGCUGAGGGCGGGGGGAGCGUGCGCGGCGGAGGGCGGCUUCUGCGUACUGGCGGACGUGGCGGUGGCGCUGGGGUUGGCGGGGUUCGCGUUUCUGGCGCUCGCGUCGCUCGUUUCCGGGUUCCGGCUCGCCUGCUACGUCACCACCGGCUCCGGUCUCCACAUCUGGUAGCAACUUAAUCCUAAUUGCAUAAUUAGCAGCAUUAAGAAUGAUGUCAAAAUAUUUGUGCUCUCUCUUGAAAUGUCGACCUUAAUGAAAAGCAAGGCUUGUGUUA